AUACGAGGAACAGCCUAUGCUGCCAGGGUUUCACCAGCAAUUGCUAAUCGUAUAAUUGAUGCUGCAAAGGGAGUUCUUCUCAAGUUUCUCCCUGAUGUUUAUCUUUAUUCUGACCAUUUGAAAGGGGGCCAGUCUGGAAAAUCACCAGGUUUUGGAGUUACUUUAGUCGCUGAAACCAAAGAGGGUGUCUUCUACACUGGUGAAGCCAUAUCUCCACCAGCUGGGUCCAACAUUCCAGCCCCGGUAGCUGAAGACCUUGGUGUACAGGCAGCGUUUCGACUAAUGGAGGAAAUCUAUAGAGGAGGGUGUGUUGAUUCCAAUUUCCAGCUAUUAGCUGCACUGUACAUGGCCUUAGGACGUACAGAUGUUUCUAAAUUCCAAACUGGUCCAUUAUCACCUUACCUAAUUGAAUUUCUUCGUCACAUGAGAGACUUUUUUGGCCUUACUUUCAAACUAGACUAUCAAAAGGCUGACGAAGAUGAUGAAGAUUUGCAUCUUGGAGCUAAUAAAGUUGUAAUGACUUGUGUUGGAGUAGGUUUUACAAAUCUAAGUAAGAAAGUCUCGUGAAAACAUAGUUUUACUCACUACAUCAUGGACAAAACCACUUUUUGUAUGAUCUAAUUGAUUGUGAAUUUCAAACAUGAAAUAUCCUUGUUACAAAGUAUCUGUGAUUCUGCAUUAUUUGUCAAAACUUGUAAUAAAAAAUAUUAUACAGUA